CGUGCCAACUACGCGUCAUCUAAUCAAGCUUAACCAUCAAGCUAAUCCAUCGUCACCAUGGGAAGGAUCAUCUUCUUUGAGGAAAAGAAUUUCCAGGGUCGCAGCUAUGAGUCCAGCAGUGACUGCCCAGAUCUCAACAUGUACCUGAGCCGUUGCCAGUCCAUCAGGGUGGAGCUGGGCUGCUUCGUCAUCUACGACCGCUCCAACUACAUGGGAAACCAGAUGUUUCUGAGGAGGGGCGAAUAUACCGACCUCCAGCGUAUGGGUUCUAUGAUGGGCAUGGGUGGCAUGACCAUGAUGGAUUCCAUCCAUUCUUCUCGCAUGAUCCCAAUGCAUAGAGGUCAGUUCAGAAUGAGGCUGUACGAGAGGGAGAGCUUCGCCGGUCAGAUGUACGAGCUGAUGGACGACUGUGAGUCGGUCCAGGAUCGCUUCCGCAUGUCCGAAAUGCAGUCGUGCAACGUGAUGGAGGGCCACUGGCUCAUGUACGAGCAGCCCCACUUCAGAGGCAGGAUGAUGUACGUGAGACCUGGAGAGUACAGGAGCCUCAGAGACAUUGGCAUGACUGCCAUGAUGAGAAUCAGCUCCAUCAAAAGGAUCACAGAUGCCUGCUAGAGUCAGCGCCAUUAACGCCUGGGAUUCUUACUAGUUUAACAUGUAAAAGUCUGCUUAAUGUUACAACUCUAAUUGCAUGAAAUAAAAGUGGUAUUUUGAAGUA